UAUAUUUUUCCUCGUCACAUCCCCCUGGCCGUAGGAAUGUAGAGACGGAGCGCUUUAAAAAUAGCCUGCUCUGGUGUGGCGGCGCGGCUGGGAGCUGCGGCCACUCCGCCGCCAGCAGGGAUGAUGGCUGCAGACCUGGGAGAGCUGCUGGUCCCCUACAUGCCCACCAUCAGGGUCCCCAGGACGGGAGACAGGGUUUUCAAGAGCGAAUGUGCCUUUUCCUUCGACUCUCCCGAGUCUGAAGGAGGCCUGUAUGUGUGUAUGAACACAUUCAUGGGCUUCGGACGAGAACAUGUGGAGAGACAUUAUCGCAAAACUGGACAGAGUGUUUACAUGCACCUCAAACGUCAUGUCAAAGAGAAAGCCACAGGAGCUGCAGGAGGCGCCAUCCCCAGACGGAGGAAUGGAAAAGUCUUCCUGGAUUUAGAGCUAAAUCGUGAUUUUAACGGAGAGGACUAUGAGUAUGAGGAUGAGGCCAAGCUCGUCAUUUUUCCAGACCACUUCGAGAUCCCUUUACCAAAUAUUGAGGAGCUACCGGCUCUGGUGACCAUCGCCUGUGAUGCAGUUCUUAAUGCAACGUCAGCUUACAAGAAACAAGAGCCCGAGUCAUGGGAGGAGGAGAUCCAGGUCUCCAAACAUGCCAGAAGCCUCAGACAGCUAGAUAACAGCGUGCGGAUUCCACCCAGUGGCUGGAAGUGUCAGAAAUGUGAGAUGAGAGAGAACCUGUGGUUGAACCUGACAGACGGCGCCCUGCUUUGUGGGAAGUGGUUCUUUGAUGGGAGUGGGGGGAACGGCCAUGCUCUGGAGCACUACCGAGAGACCAACUACCCCCUGGCUGUCAAACUGGACACCAUCACCCCAGACGGAGCCGAUGUGUAUUCAUUUGAGGAGGAAGAAGCUGUGUUGGACCCCCAUAUAUCAGAGCACUUGUCCCACUUUGGAAUAGACAUGCUGCAGAUGCAGAAAAGAACAGAGAAUGGGCACCACACAGACAAUAACCCCCGACCACGUGUCAGCGAGUGGGAGGUGAUCCAGGAGUCGGGUAUGAAGCUGAAGGCGGUCUAUGGUUGUGGUUACACAGGCAUUAAAAACCUGGGCAACAGCUGCUACCUGAGCACAGUGAUGCAGGUCCUUUUCAGCAUCCCUGACUUCCAGAGGAUGUAUGUGGGUAAUCUUCAGAGGAUAUUCGACUAUUCACCCCUUGACCCCACCCAGGACUUUGCCACACAGAUGGCUAAACUGGGACACGGGCUGCUCUCAGGCCAGUACUCCAAACCACCCAUGAAAUCUGAGCUCAUUGAACAGGUGAUGAAAGAAGAACACAAGGUAUUAAACGGGCUUCAACACAGGGGCGUCUCUCCCCGCAUGUUGAAGGCCCUGGUCGGCAGGGGACACCCAGAGUUUUCCUCCAUGAGACAACAAGAUGCCCACGAGUUCCUCCUACACAUCGUCAACCUUGUGGAGAGGAACAGCGCAGGUUCAGAAAAUCCGAGCGACGUCUUCCGCUUCCUGGUGGAGGACCGGGUCCAGUGCUGUCAGAGUCGCCGGGUUCGUUACAGUCAGCGCGUUGACUACUGCAUCCAGCUGCCAGCUCCAAUAGAAGCAGCAACCAACCGAGAGGAGCUGCUGGCAUAUGAAAUCAAGCGGAAAGAAGCUGAGGAGAACUCGCGGGCUCCUCCUGAGCGGGUGCGAGCGCGGAUCCCCUUCACAGCUUGUCUGCAGGCCUUCACAGAGCCGGAAAAUGUCCCUGACUUCUGGAGCUCAGCGCUGCAAGCAAAGUCAGCUGGAGUUAAAACAUCCCGCUUUUCCACGUUCCCAGAGUAUCUGAUUGUGCAGAUCAAGAAAUUCACAUUUGGAGUUGACUGGGUGCCAAAGAAGCUUGACUUAGCCAUCGAUGUUCCAGACUUUUUGGAUCUGAGCCGCCUUCGGGCCACUGGGCUGCAGGCAGGAGAAGAGGAGCUGCCAGAUAUCAUGCCUCCUAUAGUGUUAGCUGAAGACAUCAGAGAUAACUCCAUGAGUUCUUCUGAUUCUCCGGAGAUUGAUGAGACGGCGGUUAUGCAGCUGGCAGAAAUGGGCUUUCCAGUGGAGGCGUGUAGGAAGGCGGUGUACUACACAGGAAACAUGGGCCCAGAGAUGGCCUUCAACUGGAUCAUAGCGCACAUGGAAGAGCCCGACUUUGCAGAACCGCUUACUUUGCCCUCUAUGAUGGAUCCCGGUCCCUCCACCAGUGACAUCCCCAUGGGUGCUACUCCAGUGAGCAACUCGCCCCCAGAGGAGAGCAUCUCCAUCCUCACGUCAAUGGGUUUCCCCCGCAACCACAGCAUCCAUGCACUCAAAGCCACGAAUAAUAACCUUGAACGAGCUCUAGACUGGAUCUUCACCCACCCCGAGGAGGAGGAGAGUGAUGCCCUUUCAGACAUGGCUGACACAGAGCCCAACGACAACGCCUUCUCCAACGCCAACUCGCACAGCGACGCCACGCUCUCUCCAGAUAGAGAGAUAUCGGGCCCCCGAGUCAAAGACGGACCGGGAAGAUAUGAGCUGUUCGCCUUCAUCAGCCACAUGGGAACAUCCACAAUGUCUGGACAUUAUGUUUGUCACAUCAAGAAGGAGGGAAGGUGGCUGAUCUACAACGACCACAAGGUGUGUUUGUCAGAAAGGCCUCCAAAAGACUUGGGCUACAUCUACUUUUACCAUCGACUGUCUAGCAGUUAAAGUCCCUGCCCCCCACCCCCCUGCAACCUUUAAAUACGCAGUCUUCCACCCAGAAGACUGACAACUGUAGGAACAGGUGCAGUGGAACCGAUGGAAGAAACCUCAGACCAGCUGCUUGCCUUAUCAUGAUGUCAGACAGCAGCAACCAGGAACACUGGUCAGAAAGGGAAAGCAAUGUGCUUUUUGUGCAUUUGUGUUGCGUCUAUGCUUUGAAUGUAUGUUUUUGUGUUUAUGUUAAAACCGAAAGAGGAAAGGAAAGCUCUUGUCAGUGUAGGUACAGCGGGAUGCGUGCAAUUUCUACUUCUGAUCCGUAAACAAAAUAAUCACAUACCAAAUCUGGUUGUUCCUCCUCUCUGCCUUCAGCUACUGUGAUUUCAAAGUACAGCAUUUUAUAAAUGUGUACUGAAAUGGCAGUUCUUUGCUGCCAGCCCAGAAAUGCUCAGAAACCACUACAGCAGAAAAAAAAUGACUGUGCUGCCACUGUACUGUGUCUUUCAUUGUAAUUUGAAGUAAAAUGCAAUGUUGUUGUUUUUUUUAUGCAGUUGCAGAGAACAAAGAGUAAAAUAGUUUUGGUUAGAACUUUUUAGCACAUUGUGUUUUCAGUUCAAAAUGGACAGCAACAGGAUGGUUAGAAAUAAGUGCUAAAUGAUAUUGUAAAUAAGCAGUGUUACAAGCUGAAUGAUAGCUCAAAACUGCCCCAGUUUGUUUGGAGAAUGAUGUGAAAGUUUUCCCACUUUUAAUGAGGAAGUUUCAGCAACCUGAUACACUGGCUGAGUCAUUGGCUUAGACAUAUUAUUUAUUUCACCAAGAGCCCUUUUUGGCCAAAAAAAAGGUUCAUAUUCUACAAUUGAUGUAGAUAUAGGAUUUAUUGUGUGUCAUCGCCACUACAAGCAAAUUGAUUUGAUAUCUCUAUUUGAAUUUCUAGAGCUCUUUUCCUGUUGACCCCUUGUUGCAUUUAAUUGAUUGCCAAUUUAAGUACAUGUGGGCUUAUUUGAAUAUGCCUGUUAAGUUCUCUAUCCUGCAGCGACCUUUUUCUUUUUUUUUUAUGCCAAAAAUGCUAAAUAUUUGCAUUCUGGGCAAAUCCUAACUCUGCUGCACCUGCUGCGCUUUGGUUUCUUUAUCACCUCGACAGAUUCAGACUGUGACCCAGAAGGUAACUCAAAUGUGUUCUUAUGAUAUGUUGCCACUUUUUGGCUGGUUUAUUUAUGCGCCUGAACAUUUUACCAUAUCUGGAGCAAUAUGCACUACAACCAAAUCUACUCUUGAAGAAAUGGUACAAUAAAAGCUUCACAGUGAUCUACAUCUCCUCUCCAGUGUAGGCACUAAUGGACGCGGUGCAAUGCUGAAUGUAUAAUUAUAUGGUGCUCAUUGGAAACACAACCAUAUCUACAGCUUUGAUACUCAGAAAACCACCAUGAUGCUGAUGUAAUGAUCAUAAGACCAUGCUGGAUUAUCUACGAUAUACUGUAUGUACCAUCUACUCAGGAUGUACACAUUUUACAUAAUGGAUGUAACAUAUACCGUAUAUAACAACAAUGUGUUCUUGUUUGUCAAAUUCUCAUUUCAAUAUCAGACUUCAUAUAUUCUAUUUAUUUUAUUAACAGUCUCAAUAGCGUUCUUUGCUGCAUCUCAUAAAAGAAUGCAUUAUAGCAAAAUAUUGACAUUACUGACCUUGACUCAUGGUGAAAUUGUCUCUUAUUCAGUAGUUCACUUUGAGGGGCUUGAAUCUUUAAAAAAGUCUUUUGCUGGGCAUAAAUUCUCCUUGUGUUUAAGAAAAAAGCUGAAUCCUGUACACAUUUCCACUUGAAUUUGAUAUUGAAUGAUUAGCUGUCAUAGUUUACAAGAAAAUGCAUAAAAAUGCAUUCCUUAGCAUGGGGAAGAGUACGUUCAGAUGUACAUGAAGACGUGAGGGAACUGGUGGCUGGAACAUGAUUGUUAAGGACGAUAACCUCGAGAAAAAGUAAAGAAAGCCCCUUUCUGACUGUUUUUACAGACACAGUCGAAUUGGGAUAAGUAUACAUACAUCUCUUAUUUCAAAUUCUCAUAUCAGAUCUCAACCAAUAAACUGCUGCAGUGUUUGUUGUCUAUGCAAUGGGGAAUACUAGUAUUCUGUAUGCAAGUCUUGUGUUUCUGCUUAACAAUGGUUAGUCAUAUAUAUGUUGAGAUAUUCUGUAAAAUUCGUUUGACUUCUCAGCACCUUUUUAUUCUUAUUUUCUUCUUAUUGUCUUUUGUCUUAUUUUUUUCCAGCUUUCCCUCCAGUUUGGUCUCUUCCAUUCUUCUUCUUGUUCAAACUUUAUGGUUCAAUUUGUCACCAAAAACGGCAUCUUGCAGUUAGCGUGCACCAGACAUGGACAUUUAGUCAUUUGCAUUGUACAAUUGAAGCUUUUCAAGUUUUGUUUUAAUUCCCCCCCUCCACCAAAUAACUAAAUGUCAAGUGUUCUUCACUCUUUACUUUGUUGCCUUUUUGCAAACAAAUCUGUGCCAUUCUGUAGUUUUCAUCAGUUUUCUUGACGGGAUAAUAUAAGUUGACUUUUGUAAGGUAGGCAUUAAUCCAAAUAUGGCUUCUGUGUACGUGAAUAGAGACAGAGCAGCACAGUAUAUCCAGUGGCACUGUUUACUUUACAAUGUUUGGAUAAUUUAAUAAACUACACCUUUGUUGA